GGCGAGGGGGCGAUGUCAUAGCACUCAACAUGGCGAAGUGCUACACGUAUGUCUGUAAAUAGAAGUUACGAAUCCGGUACAUGUUUUCGUGUUUUCGGCGAUAAUUUCCGAUUUCGCUUGGUUUUGUGAGAGUCAGUUGAGCCAAAAAUAUGGCGGAGCAUUCUCAAGGAAGGGACAUGUUCCUUCGGCGGGCCCUCGAGAAGAUCCUGAACGAUAAAGAGGCGAAGAAAUCGUACAACUCACAGCUGAAAAAGGCCUGUGAAGUCGCACUAGGUGAAAUCAAAGCUGAGUUACAGAGUGGAAGUGCUGAAUCUUCUCCGGUGAAGGCAUCCUCGUCUGCCCUCCCUCUCCCAAAGAGCAACAUCAAUUCCAUCGCAGCGGACAGACACUUCUUACCGUUCGAGCUCGCCUGUCAGUCAAAAUCAGCUCGCAUUGUGAACACUGCCCUUGAUUGUCUGCAGAAACUGAUAGCGUACGGUCACCUGACAGGGGAAGGGCCUGACAGUACUGCUCCGGGCAAGAAGCUGAUCGAUAGGAUAGUAGAGACAAUAUGUGGGUGCUUCAUAGGGACCCAGACGGAUGAAGGGGUCCAGCUUCAAAUCAUCAAGGCCCUACUCACGGCCGUCACAUCGCCGACAUGUGAGGUGCACGAGGGCACCCUUCUGCAGGUCGUCCGCACCUGCUAUAACAUCUACCUUGCCAGUAAGAACCUGAUCAAUCAGACCACUGCCAAGGCAACCCUCACACAGAUGCUCAACGUUAUCUUCUCUCGCAUGGAGCAGCAAGCCAUAUAUGAGGCAAAGCUGAAGGCUGAUGAAGCAUUAAAAGAAGAAGAAGAGAAAGGUGGAUCGGGUGACGGUGCAAAGGAGACAGAGACAGAAAAACUGACCAAUGGGACUCCAGAGGGACUUGACCUGGAAGUAGAUGCAGAGGACACCACAGAUGGACCCACCAGUUCAAAGAAGACAGAAGAAAGUCCAGCCACCGUAGAAAAUGGAGAAGAUGUUGAAAGCAUUGUUAACGAGAUCAUGGAUGACCUCUUAAAAUCUGUCGAUCUUGAGAGUGCAGAAGAUGCCGUCAAGACACCGGACUCCAUCACAAGCACCAGUCUAUCUGCAGCCCCCUCUGUUGGCUCCCUGAAGUCGCCCAGCACCGCCUCAACACCAACUAUCCCUCCCAUCGGUGAUGACGAUCUUGACAACGAGCCGUUCUCCCACAUCCUCCAGAAGGAUGCCUUCUUGGUCUUCAGGUCGCUAUGCAAGCUCUCCAUGAAGCCCCUACCAGACGGGCAUCCCGACCCCAAGUCGCAUGAGCUUCGGUCCAAGAUACUGUCCCUGCAGCUGCUCCUUUCCGUCCUGCAGAAUGCCGGACCUGUCUUCAGGACCAACGAGAUGUUCAUCACGGCCAUCAAGCAAUACUUGUGUGUGGCCCUCUCCAAGAACGGAGUAUCCUCAGUUCCAGAGGUCUUUGAGUGCUCCCUGGCCAUCUUCUUAACCCUGCUCAGCCUCUUCAAGACACAUCUAAAGAUGCAAAUUGAGGUAUUUUUCAAGGAAAUCUUCCUGAAUAUUCUGGAGACUCCAACUAGCAGCUUUGAGCAGAAGUGGAUGGUGGUUCAAGCACUUACAAGGAUAUGUGCAGAUGCCCAGUGCGUUGUCGACAUAUACCUCAACUACGACUGCGACCUUUCAAGCGCCAACAUCUUCGAGCGGCUGGUCAACGACCUGUCCAAGAUCGCUCAGGGUCGUCACGCCAUCGAGCUCGGAGCCACGCCCCAGCAGGAGAAGAGGAUGAGGGUGAAGGGAUUAGAUUGUCUGGUAUCCAUCCUCAAGUGCAUGGUGGAGUGGAGCAAGGACCUCUAUGUUAAUCCUAAUCUACAAGCUAAUCUAGGUCAAGAGAAAGCUGUUGGAAUGGACCAGACCGAUGCUGACAGCGGCAAGGGCACCAUGACCAGCUCCGGUAGCCAGAACUCUCUUGUCUCCACCCCGUCCGGCUCACUGGGUGCCGUCAACCUCAACUCAAGCCAGACCCUACCCUCGGACAGUCCCGAGCAGUUUGAGACAAUCAAACAGCAGAAGGAAAUCAUGGAACAGGGAAUUGAAAUCUUCAACAAGAAGAAACCCGGCAAAGGCAUCCAUUAUCUCCAAGAGCACGGUUUACUGGGGAAGAGGCCCGAAGACAUUGCAAGGUUCUUCCACAAAGAUGAGAGAUUAGAAAAGACGAUGAUUGGAGAGUUCAUGGGCGAGAGAGAUAUGUUCAAUAAAGAAUGCAUGUACGCAUACGUGGAUGAAUUCGACUUCAGCGGGGUUGAUUUCGUGGGGGCGCUACGCAUGUUUCUAGCAGGCUUCCGUCUGCCCGGGGAGGCACAGAAGAUCGAUCGUAUGAUGGAGAAGUUUGCUUCACGGUACUUUGAAUACAACCCGACACAGAGGGUCUUUGCCAGUGCCGACGCAGCCUACGUGCUGGCCUAUUCUAUCAUCCUCCUCACCACAGAUCUUCACAGUGCUCAAGUGAAAAAGAAGAUGUCCAAAGAGGAGUACAUCAGGAUGAACCGUGGUAUAAACGACAGUAAGGAUCUACCGACAGAUUACCUGUCCGAUGUCUAUGAUGAGAUAGCUGGUAACGAGAUCAAGAUGAAACAGACUCCAAGCAGCAAGCCAAACCAAGCAGCUGUGACGAGCGAGAAGCAGAGGAAACUGUUUUACAACAUUGAGAUGGAUGCAAUCUCCUCCACAGCAAAGAGUUUGAUGGAGAGUGUUAGCCAUGUGCCGUCAAGUUUCACUUGUGCUACACAUUUAGAGCAUGUCAGGCCAAUGUUUAAGGAGGCAUGGACGCCCUUCUUGGCGGCCUUCAGCGUGGGUCUCCAGGACUGCGACGACCCCGAGAUCGCCAACAACUGCCUCAACGGCAUCUGCUGUGCCAUCCGCAUCUCCUGCAUCUUCCACAUGGAGAUGGAGCGCAACGCCUACGUCCAGGCCCUCUCCAGGUUCACCCUCCUAACCACCAACUCCUCCAUCGUCGAGAUGAAGACCAAGAACAUCGAGACCAUCAAGACAUUGAUCACCGUGGCGCACACGGACGGCAACUAUCUCGGGAAGUCGUGGCUUGAGAUGUUGAAAUGCAUCUCUCAGCUGGAGCUAGCUCAACUCAUAGGCACGGGGGUCAAGACAAAGUUCCUGUCAACGACCUCAUCAGGGUCAGCGGGGUCAGGGGGUCAAGGUAGCUCUGUCAUGGUGGGGUCAAGUCCAGGUCACCAGAAUGACAUGCUGGAGUCAGGAGACAUUCCAUCUCGAAUGGCCAACCUAGAUCAGAAGCAGAUAGCCAGCCUGCAGGAAGCCAUGAACAAGACGUCUACCCAGAGGUUCGUUGUGGCCGUGGACAGGAUCUUCACCAGCUCAACGAGGCUAGACGGAGAUGCCAUAGUUGACUUUGUUGAGGCGCUGUGUCAAGUUUCCAUGGAGGAGCUUCAGUCACCGAACGGUCCAAGGAUGUUCAGUCUGACUAAGAUCGUCGAGAUCUCAUACUACAACAUGGGACGUGUCAGGAUGCAGUGGUCCAGGAUAUGGUCUGUCCUGGGUAACCAUUUCAACAAGGUUGGAUGUAACCCCAAUGAGGACGUGGCCUUCUUUGCAAUCGACUCCCUCCGCCAACUCUCCAUGAAGUUCUUGGAGAAAGGUGAACUGCCAAACUUCAAAUUCCAGAAAGAUUUCCUAAGGCCUUUUGAGUACAUCAUGAAGAGGAAUAAAUCUCCCACCAUCCGUGAUAUGGUGGUGCGCUGCAUCGCUCAGAUGGUCAACUCCCAAGCAGGUAACAUCCGAUCGGGUUGGAAGAACGUCUUCUCAGCGUUCCAUCUGGCUGCGUCGGACCAGGAGGAAGGCAUCGUUGAACUAGCAUUCCAAACUACAGGCAAUAUCAUCUCAUCAGUAUUUGAGAAGUACUUCUCAGCAACAUUGGAUUCCUUCCAAGACGCGGUCAAGUGUCUGUCGGAGUUUGCCUGCAACGCUGCCUUCCCGGACACCAGCAUGGAAGCGAUAAGACUCAUCAGGAAUUGUGCCAAAUACGUCAUGGAAAAACCCCAAAUGUUCCAUGACCAUAUAGGAGACCAAGAACUCCAGGUGACGGAGGAUGAUAGGAUCUGGGUCAAAGGUUGGUUCCCGGUUCUCUUUGAACUCUCCAGGGUCAUCAACAGGUGUAAGCUGGAUGUCAGAACAAGAGGGUUGACUGUGAUGUUUGAGAUCAUGAAGAGCUAUGGUAGCACGUUCCAGAAGCACUGGUGGAAAGAUCUCUUCAAGAUUGUCUUCAGGAUAUUUGACAAUAUGAAGCUCCCUGACCAGAUGGCAGAGCAGAAGGUAGAAUGGAUGAUGACGACCUGCAACCACGCACUCUUUGCCAUUGUAGAUGUCUUCACACAGUACUUUGAUGUCCUCAAGGAUAUUCUCUUAGAAGACCUUCUGCAGCAACUGCUCUGGUGUGUCCAACAAGAUAAUGAACAGCUCGCAAGGUCAGGGACAAAUUGCAUGGAGCAGCUCGUGAUCUGUAAUGGACCUGACUUCCAACCUGAACUCUGGGAUAGGAUCUGUGCUUGCAUGCUGGAGAUCUUCAGAAGUACUAUUCCACAAGCGUUGAUAUCCUGGAGACCCGAGGAUCAGCUGUCAACAGCGGAGACAGACGCAAUCAGUCAGAGGUCAGAGACAGAUGGAGUAGAGCCUGCUGGGAGCGAUGUUGGGCCCGAGCCAUCAUCGCCAUCGGAGAAGAAAUCUAAUCUGAAGAGGAUGGGAAGUCAACAUAGCGUAGCGAGUGUGAACAGCACCGACAGUAAAUCCAGCAAGGUUACCUUAGAAUACCAGAAAACAGCAGCUGACCAUAGACUAUUCACAUCUCUACUGAUCAAGUGUGUUGUCCAGUUGGAAUUAAUACAGACCAUAGAUAAUAUUGUCUUCUUCCCUGCCACCAGCCGGCAUGAAGACGCAGACAACUUGAAAGCUGCACAGGAGACCACGUUAGACGACACCUCCCUUGCCUCCGAAUCCACGUCGAGCGGUGAGGAUCCCGGCAUGUACCGGUAUCUCUCCACCCCACAACUGUUCCUACUGCUAGACUGCUUACUGGAGUCCCACCGGUUUGCCAAGGAGUUUAACACCAACAAUGAGCAGAGAGAGACACUUAGACAAGCAGGAUUCAGAGGAAAGAACAAGCCUAACCUAUCGACCCAGGAAACCUCAAGUCUGGCCUGUGCUUUCCGGUUACUCUUCAAGAUGUACGCUGAUGAAAAUAGGAUGGAUAGCUUACCUGUCAUAGAAGAGAGACUGAUAGGUCUUGUGAAAGAAGCCCUGGGCUACUUCAUCUCCCUGGACUCAGAGAGUCACCGUACAGCCUGGAAGUCUCUACUAGUCCUGGUCCUAACAAGGAUCCUUAAGAUGUCAGAUGAGAGGUUCAAGACCCACGCUGCCCACUGCUAUAACCACAUGUGCGAGAUCAUCACGUUUGAGCUACGACCGGAAAUCCGCUCCAUGCUCCGAAAGUUCUUCCUGAGGACUGGUGCCGUCUGCCACAUCGCCCUCACGUGACAAAAUCUGGACAACCCAACCGACCUACCGACAAAACACAUUGAAUAUCCAGGGUGUAACGGACCUAUUCGAGUUAAAGAGGAGACAUGAUAGAUGUAUUCAGUUGAACUUAAAGAUAAAGUUGAGUUCUGGUCAUGCGAUUGCAUUGUGAAAGAAACGGUGUGGAAUCGAUCAGGAAAGGUUGAUCAUCUAGCAUAUAAGUAUU